UAAAACACGGCCACGUUGCUCAUAAAAAUGAAAACUUCUGCUUUUGGCGAGGACAGAAGCCAUAGAAGGUGACGUCGAGCCCUGCUAAUCUUUAACCUGAAACAUCAUAGUCGUUGCCACGAACCAACGAGGGAAUCGAGGCGUUCUUAUUACAAAGAAAAUCCCACGGUAGGCCCAACCAAAAAUGCAGGGGUCGUCCUGAACCCAACAAAAAGGAUAAGAACUUGAAUUACUAAAUUACCCUUCUAUAACCUGACAGAAACCCCCAAGCUCAAAGCCAAGUUCCAAUUUCGUCCGCCGGAGACGCAGCGUUUGGAAAGAGGAAAGCAAGCAAGGUAAAGGAAGACAAAAAUGAUACCUCAGCAAUGGGCUUCCCCAUGUGGAAAUCAAUGCACUCACAAAUACGCUACUCUCAUGCAAAUUCCUUGGAGAGUGUUUUGCAAAAAAGGGUGUGACGCGGAUGGGGAGACAUGGGAAGAAUGUUUAUCUGAGUGCAAUGAGAUAUGCUAUAAGGAUCCUGUAUUAAAGGACCAGCAGUGGAGUGCUUACAUUGAUCGCUCUCCUGGAGCUGCCAAUUAUUCUGAGGAAUGCUUCCAUGCUUGUGUAGCUGGCUGUGGUUAUAAGUUCGAAAUGUGUAAAGAGAAAGUCGAUCAAGUCAGACCAAAUAGACCAUUACCACCCAAGCCUCCUCCAGUGAAGAAACCACCAAACCCACCUGCCACUAAACCUGAUGAACCUGCUGAAGAUAUACCAAGUACGUCAGCAUAGAAGAGGUGAAACAUAAAAUAUGAUUAAGUUAAUACCUCAAUAAUCUUACUAGCUGAAUAGCCUGCGAGUUGAUUCAUCAUGUUGCUGACAUGCUAAUAUUGAUUUGAUAUGGUCUUGGCCUCUCGGGCUGUUUUGGAGAAGAAGCAUAUUUUUUUCUUCUGUAAUUUGUCCCUUGUCUCCUUAGUUAACCUUCAAAUCAACUUCUAAUUUUCUGGAUCUCUGCUAACUGAGAUGUGAAUGCGAUUUAUCAUUCCAUUUUUGUUAAUCAUGACACAUGGAAGCUUGCUGAGAUUUGAUGAUUUGGGUAUUUCAUAUCGUUAAUGAAACUUCAGAAUGUUUGCUUUGAAGUUUUGAUUGGAAACUACUCAGAGCCAUGGCAUUUGCAGCAUUUGAUUGUGGUUGAUCUUUGUGAAUGAAAUUUUGGGUACAGAACAGAUUGCAGGAGAUCGAGUCCCUCUGAUUGGACAAGGAAAGUUCUUUGUUCGCCGAGUUGAUAUACUCAUCAAAUCAGUCGUUGUUCCAUGAAAUCUUUGGGAUAUUUGAAAGGUUUCCAGAAUAAAAGUAAGGAGGUUGGGAGCCCUAUUGGCUGGCUUAUUGCCCAGUCGCAACCUCUACCGACAACGUUUUGGAGUAAUAAUCUGGCCUUUGGUGGUGAGUGAUGACUGACUGACUGGUGACAAACUCAAUUGGGAAUGUGAACUCGCCCAAGCCUUCCCGUAAAACUCAACAAGUUUAGAAUAUAUUUUUUAAAAAGUUAUUGAAGGAAUAUAUUUGGGAACUUGAUUGAUAUUUUCAAAAUAAGCUAAGCGGCCCGAAUGAAACAAUAAUUAGUCGGUCCAAUAGGCUUAGUAGGCCCACUAUUUGGGACUUUAAACCACAGUAUAUCCAGCCCAACCUUGUUGUCACGUUUCCGUCUUUUGCAAUAAGAAAAAGAAAAAAAAAAAAAAAAAA